CCAGUAUGUUCGCCGCGCUUACGUCGAGAGACGCGUAACAACAAUACGAUAUUGUUAAGAUUUACGCGCACUCUUCUUCUCUCCGAUUCUCUCCGUGUUUGGGUCAAAAACGUGUCGGGGCGUUUCGCGAUCUCGUUUUUCUUUUUUUUUUUGUCAAUUUUCACGCGCUUCAAGGACGUGUGCGUAAAGAAGUAGCGAUAAUCAACAGGAUACGCAGCCGCGAGAGAAGGAGAGAGGGAGAGAGAGAGAGAGAAAAAAACGCCGAGAGGAACACACGCCGGCACGUCGAAGCGAAGCUCGUUCAGAGCGAUCUCGCGCACGGAUUUCGAUCGAGUUCCCAGACAUUUGGGAAAAGAACGUCGGUGGAAGAGCGGAAGAAGAAAAGCGCGACGCGUCGAAAGAACGGAGAAGAAACGGAGCAGUAACAGGUGGAAAACGAUUAUCACAGAUUAAUCGAAGACGAUGGAUCAAGGCUUCCCUUCCCAACACACCACCACGACCACCGUGACGACCACUACAACGACCACUCAGCCCAAUAUACGAUUCGAUCCGUCUUACGUGAGGACGGUGCCUGGUCUUUUAAAAGUUGUUCAAGUGGUGUUGAAUCUCUUGGGAUUUAUUUGCGUGACAGUGUCGACAUUCAGCAGUCACAGCCGAGGAGGAUGGUUCAACACAGUGGCCAUGAUUGGCUUCUGGUUCACAGGAAUCCUGCUCGUCCUGUACUGCUUCCACAUCAUCGAGAAGUUCUCCAGGAUUCCCUGGUUGAAAAUUGAAUUUGUGUUUUGCACGAUAUGGACGGUGUUUUACUUACUGGCCGCUUCCCUCGUGGCCGACUACUCGCGUUACACGGAAGCUUUUGGCGUAGCAGCGUUUUUCGGAUUUUGCGCGAUGGUGGUGUACGGCUAUGAUGCUUGGCUCAAGUUCAACGCGGUGAAGAGCGGAGCGUUGGCACAGGGCCAGCAAGCGCCGAAACAAAUGUCCACCGUCACCAGCCCGGCGUAUUAAAGGAAGGAAGACAGAAGACAGAUGGACCACCGGUUGAUCGGUUCAACUGUUCGUUCGAUCGAUCAACACAUAUCGUUACCUUAGUGUGUGGGGCCAGCCGAUUUUGUAACUUGGGCGCGCAUUUCUGUUUUUUGCAUGUGUUCUCGCGCGAAACGUUUCCCUUUCUCCCCGUUCCGACGAUUUUUCGUUCAAUCGCACGUAUGCGUACGUGCGUGCGUGCGUAGACACAUUGAAUCUCACUCACGUAAACUCAAACAUUCUCUUUUGUUUCUUACAUUUGUAUUUUGUAACAAAGCAAUAUAACAUAUGGAAUCUUUACUAACGUUACGACGCGUUCCCGUUAACUUUAUAUGCUCUACUAACAAAAAAAAAGAGAUAACGCGCCUUUUCUCUCUCGCGCCGCGCGUUGUUUCUUGUCAAACAACGAUGAUUGUUAAUAUUUUGUAAUAAAUGUUUGCCGCCGUCUUUACUUUUGAUCGCGACUUGUUACUUAUAUAUAUAUAUAUAUACAUAUAUAUGCGACGAUACAUGUGUAUAUCUUUAUAUAUGCGCAAGAUAAAUCUGUAAACGUUGUUGAACCCAUGUCUUAAGAUAUUGUUGGAACCGAGGUGAUGCUUUUUAAGCAUCGCGGUGCAGCGAUGUGAAGUCGAAUGCCGCGAUGAGAGAGUGUUAGAUCUAUUUUAAUCUGCUCGGUCCUUGUUCGCAACUGACUUGGCUACCUGAAUCUUGUUUUCUCGAUCAUUGUUUUCGACAGAGUUCAACAGUUUCCUCAACAAAGCGAUAUUUUCGAUAUUUCGUUUAAUCUCAAUCUUCAAAAAUUCAUUCUUGACACACAGACGAAUUUGAACAUAAAAAAAGUUGAAUAAUCAACUUUAGUGAAAAGUAAAGUGUUUGUUAAAAUAUAUUUAUUUCUACACGAAAUGAGCUGCAAGAUUCGCGGUCGUUUGCAAGCAAGGACGAAAUUUCCAAAACUAAAGUAUCGAAACACUAGGAAUUACUUCUUCUCGUCGUGCUUGUUAUUUUAGAUUUUUAUCGUAGAGAGAGAGAGAGAGGGGUCAUAAUUGAUACGAGAAUACAUUGUAGUACGAUCAAGUAGUAUCCAGCUCUCGAGUCAUCUUAUUGACUCACGAACAUAUCUAUUGCAUACGUCAUCGCAUGUUAUAUCACGCGUAAUCUCACGCGAUGACAAUUACUCUCUGAUCGUCUGUCACGGGCGAGAAUAAUUUGUUACAUAGAAUAUAUCAUACUCGCUGUUGCGAUUUGCGUGAGAUAUAUACAUAUAUAUAUAUUAUAUAUAUAUAUUUAUUAGUUUUGUUAUUCAUCUCUAAAGAUCUAUAACAGUAUGUACAACGAUAUAUAUAGGAUCGCUACACUUGUAUAUCUGUGUCUAUUUAAGAAUCCGAUCUUACAGAAAGAUCUUAAAACGAUCUGGAUAUUAUUAUAUGCAUAAUAACGAUCGAAAAAAAAAAAAAAAAAGACGGAAAAUAAAACGUCGGCAUCAAAGCGCGUCACAAAUACAUAUUCAACGAAAUGCUCGUUGAUCGCUGUUCGUUGUGAACGAAUCUUUUUCGCGCGACGGGGAACAAAAUCUCUCAAAGUGACGUUAUCGUGUUUUUAACGUAUUGCCAAUAUCGGAAGGAUGUGUCGGAAUUAAAAUCAGGAAUUAUUUUGGGAAAUGUAUUUUAAUUUCCAAAUAAAGAAAAAAUUAGGCGACCCCGUUAUCUAAACGGGGAAAAACAUUAUUUCUCUGAUUGCUUCAUUUGUUCGAUCAUUGAUGAAAUACCGUUCAGUCUUGAACUGUCCCGAUACCGCACGACGAACACUGACGAAAACAAAUUUAUAUUAAUUGUUUCUGUAGUUCAGUAUUAUUGUGCAUAAUAAGCUAAAUUGUAAAAGAUUACUCUUUUUUCUUUUUAGCGAAGGAUACGAUAAUUAUUUUAUAUUAUUAUUUCACGUUUGUGUAUGAUGUGACAAAUAUUGUACUAAUUUCUUGGAUUAUAAUUAACUUAUUUAUUACAACUCUAAUUUAUAUAUUAUAUAUAUACACUAUGGAUAUUAUUGUGUGUAUGCGAGCGUAUGUAAUCUUACAUGUGUGUAUGUAAUCUUACAUGAGAGUUACAAUACGUAUUAUUGGUAUUGCUAUAA